GGCUAUGUUACGAGCAAGUUGGAAAAUAAUGUAAUGGGGAAAUUGGAUAGAGACAGAUUUUCAUAUGGCUUUUCAAUCAAUCGUCGGUCCAAGAAUAACUAUCAACAUGGCGGAUGUUAGCGCAAAACAAAUGGCCCAGAAAAGUGCGAAAAUUGCAGCUGGAGCAGUGGUCUGUGUUGAAAGUGAAAUACGAGGAGAUGUGACCAUAGGUCCCAGAACAGUGGUCCACCCCAAGGCUCGCAUUAUAGCUGAGGCAGGGCCCAUUGUAAUUGGGGAGGGAAAUCUCAUAGAGGAGCAGGCCCUCAUCAUUAAUAGUUAUCCUGAAAACAUCAUGCCUGAUACAGAAGGAGUAGAGCCCAAGACCAUGACAAUAGGAACCAACAAUGUGUUUGAAGUUGGAUGUGUGUCCCAAGCCUUGAAAAUUGGAGAUAACAACGUAAUUGAAUCUAAAGCUGACGUGGGCCGCAACGUCAUCCUCACAAGCGGCUGCAUUAUAGGAGCCUGUUGCCAAGUGAACACGUGUGAGGUCAUCCCUGAGAAUACGGUCAUCUGCGGUUCAGGCUGCAUGCGCCGUGUCCAGACAGAGAGACCGCAGCCACAGACACUCCAGCUAGAUUUCCUAAUGAAGAUUCUUCCUAAUUACCAUCAUCUGAAGAAGACUGUCAAAGGAAACUCUACUCCUGCCAAAAACUGAUAUUGGAUUGGACUGAUUUCUCUCCCAGCAUCUGCCCUAAACAGAAAGACCCAAGUAAGCAAGAAAGCACCCUGCCAGCUGGACUGUAACACAAAACCACCCAACAAAGCAGCUUUUAUUUAUUUGUGUCUUGGUUUUGUUAUGCAUUGCUCUUUUAUGUGCAAGUAAUAUUUAUAGUCCAGGCUGAAAAUGAUAACUUCAAAAUCACAAAUUUAAAAAAAAACCCCUCAAAUUCCCUUUCAGU